GUAUAUUGCGUGGGAUUAACUGAGAUUCUCUGAGCAAUUUUUCCUACGUUUCUUUAGCAAAACUACAGAGCCGCUUGUAAUAAUAAUGAUAUUCUCCCUCCCCCUCGCGCCGUUAGAUUCCUUGACCAACCGGAGACAACCUUAAAUCCAACGCAUAAGUUCCUUGCAUAAUGUGAUACCAUAUGCAUAUGUAUGGAAGAAUCCAUCGGGCCAGUUCAGUGAUUCUGAUGCUGUUCUUUGCUUGCAUACGUAUGUCUGAAACUGAAACAAAAUCAUUAUUUGGUUGGCACUUUGGUCUCAUUGAGCAACAGAGCUAGGGGCUUUCAAUUUUGAGAUUUUUGUUCAUAUCGGGAUCUUUUACGCUAGGAGAGGCAAUGUGCUAUUGCGUGCUGGAGAUCACCCUUUGUGCUAGGAGAGCCUUAUGAUCCUUAAAGAUUAUAUUAUUUUCAUUUGCUGGAAAACUCCUUUUUACUUAUAUGCAAGUGGUGCUCUUCCCUCCUCUUACUCCAUAUUUUGAUCAUCUUGAAGUCUAAGGCGAUAUGGGACACAGGCCCUUGUCCAACUCAAUGGAAAUGUCUGAGAUAGACCAAGAUCUUUACCAAAGUCGUGGAACUGCUGAACAGUCUUACAUUCAUAUGGGAAGGGGUGCCACUCCAGAAAAUGGUUCUGUUGUUUAUCCAAUGGAAAAUACACUGAGUGGAAUAUACUGUUCCCCUUACCAGAACUUGGAAUACAGGCCUGUUCAACAUUCCUUAUUAAGUGCAAGAAUGGAAGGUCCACAAUUUCGAGCGGCUGAUUCAGGUGCAUCUUAUGAUCCAUUUCUACACUCUCCAGCUCCUGGAAGCUCUUAUAUGGUCCCAGAGAAUAGUGCUGGCCAUGCCCAUAUGAGUUACUAUAAUAGCCACACUACCCAGGAAGUAGAGAGUGCUUUACUAGAUCCUACAAUGGGAACUGGAAGAAACCCUUUCAAGAGAAAAAGCCCUGACCUUUCUUUAGGCUGUGAGACAGGCAGCACAAGCAGAUUUUAUGCCACUGGAAGUUCCUCCAGUUCUUCUGAAUCUCAGCCUGAAAAAUCAACUUCAGACUAUAGACAUUUCAGUUCAAGUUCCAAUGGCUUACCCCCCUACAGGAGUGGCAAUUUCCCAUUUGGUAGUGAAGAUGCUCUUAGGAAUGUGAGAAGCCGAUCUAGACUUGAUGUGGAUCCCAUGGGGAGAAGUUAUAUGUCAAAUCAAUCUUUUCACCAUUACCGUCCGAUGACUCAUUUGACCAGCCAUUCUGGAACAGUGGACAUUACUAAUAUAAAUGCAGAUAUCAACGCUCAUGAUCAGAACCAUGUCAUUCCACCUACUGCUGCACAUCGAAGGCUUCCGACUUCAGAAACCAUUGGCAUUAACCAUGAGAUGAAUCAGUUUCUUGUUGGGGGAAGGACUUUAGAUACCGAUCGUCUCCAUCGUGAUUCCUUAGCAAUUAGAAAUCCUGUUUCACCACCACAAUAUCCUAGUGGUAUUCAUCCUCAGAUCGUGAGUGAAGGUCGUGGAAAUUAUUCUCGAAGAGCUAUGUCUUCAUACAGAGCCAGUCCAAGUUGUUCCCAGUUGGGACAUGAAGCAGCUCGCUCAGCAAAUGGUCCGCUGUUUCUCUCAGAAACUCAUUCUUCCAGAUAUUUAAGGCCAUCAUCUGCCAGAGGCUGGUGUAACAAUCAUUUGGAUGGAAGGUCGAGGAUAUCUAGUGAGAGGUUUGAAUCAAUUUCUAAUGCUGGGGAAGCACAUGAUAGGAUGGGACCUGAGGCUCUAAUGAUGGUGGAUCACCCGCCCAUUUAUGGCCCCAGAAAUUUGUUUGAUCAGUAUAGGGACAUGAGGCUCGACAUUGACAACAUGAGUUAUGAGGAACUACUUGCACUAGGAGAAAGAAUAGGGAAUGUAAGCACUGGCUUGUCUGAGAAUUUCAUUUCAAAGUGCUUAGUGGAGACAACAUAUUCUUCAAAACUUAUCCUGGAGGAGGCACGCUGUGCUAUUUGCCUUGAAGAGUACAAGAACAAGGAGGAAAUUGGGACAGUGAACAAUUGUGGCCAUGACUACCAUGCGGUCUGCAUAAAGAAAUGGCUAUUGAUGAAGAAUGCCUGCCCCAUCUGCAAAGUUCCUGCUCUCUCAGAUAGUUUGAAGGAGUAAUAAUUGACAUUUAGUUCUCUUAUGAUUUUUUCGUGUCUCAUUCUUGUAAAUAUACAAAGGCAAUUCAUAAACGAGAGUUGGAGAAACCUCUCUCAUGGUGUAUGUACAGAAAUCAGAAUGCUUGAAAAAACUUAAAUUAAUAUUACUCUACUUUUAUCAGCUAUAACCAAA